GACUGGCGCUCGCGCUUCCGCUGCAGAGCUCGCAAGGCAGAGAGCAGCAGAAGUCGCUGCGUCUGUAGCCUCCAGGACCACAGGGACUGCGAGCGCCACUGGCAACGCAGGCAAGCGCGUCGCAGCUGAGCCCUUGACUUCCCUCGAGAAGCGCGCCAAG